AUGGCGUCGGGCAUCGUUCAAUUGACUAGAGCAUUUGGAUUUAGAACAGGGGUAGCCAAUUCAAUAUCAUUUAAGGACGAACAUACAGUAAUUUAUCCUUGCGGUUCCAAUCUAGUCCUCUAUAAUUUGGAGCGUAAAAGCCAGAAAUUUAUUCCAGGCUUAGAAAAAAGCAAUGGAAUGACUGCGAUGGCAAUGAGUCCUAACAGACGUUACGUUGCUAUGGCUGAGAAAACCGAUGGGGGACCAUGCAUAGUUAUCUAUGAUCUUGCAUCCCUUAAGAGAAAAAAGCUUCUUCGGGGAACAGGUCUUAUUACAGAGGGAUUCGUCAGCAUCGCCUUUUCUUCCGAUUCUUUAUAUCUCGUUGCACAGGGCGGGGGGCCUGACUGGAUUCUUAUCUACUGGCAGUGGGAAAAAGCGAAACGUCUUUCUACCGUUCGCACUUCACAGGGAAAUCCAAUUCACCAAAUAUCAGUUAGUUUGCAUGACAGUACACAACUUUGUGUUACGGGGAAAGAUACUUUCCGUACUUACAAAUACAACGAGGAAGUGAUCAAACCCAUCGGCCAUUGCAAAGUUGACCUCCACAACUUUCUGUGCCAUUCCUGGAUAAAUGAUGAACGUAUAGCUGUGGGCACCGAAAAGGGCACAUGGAUUUUGAUUAAUAAUGGUGAACCUCUUGAAGAACAUAGUAUCAGUCGACACCUAAACAAGGAUAUUGAGCAGAUUGACGAUAAGGAGAGCUCACUUUCGAGUGAAAUUCCAGGCGUAACAUUAGAGGGUACGACUGCAAUCGCCACCACAUCCAAAUUUGUAUACGUGGCAUGUGGUCCAGGGCUGGUACAUUGCUACAAAUAUAACACUAACGCUGAUAAAAAUGAAGAAUGUAAACCCGGCAGACAAAAGAAGUCGGCCAUUGAAAAUGCUGGCGAGGAGACGUCCUACUAUUUUCGAGUUAAGGAGAUCCGAAUCCCAACUGAUCCCAACAUGAGUACGGAUACUGGAUUAUCAAGCAAUCAGCUCAUCACUCAGCUUUGUAUCAAUCCGUCAGAGGAGACGCUGAUCGCGAGCACUGCUUCGCACCAGCUCUAUGCCUAUUCACUAUUCACGUCAGAGUUGGGUGCAGGAGUCGGCGUGGUCGGAAGGGAUGAGGAGGGUGACGGCAAAGCGGUGCGCAUCGAUCAGUCUACCAGGCGCCGACGCUUGUCCGUGGAUGCUACGGUGGCGGAGGAGGAGGAGGAGAAAGGCAUCGCUGUGGACUACUUCCGUCUUAUGACGCAAUCAUUUCACGAGGGUAAAAUCGUAGGCCUCGACAUCUGCUCACGCAAACCCCUCAUCGCCACCUGCUCUACUGAUCACACUGUGCGUAUCUGGAACUUUGAGACAAAUAAGCUUGAGCUCUAUAAGGAGUUUGCAGAGGAAACCUACAGCAUAGCCUUGCAUCCCUUGGGUCACUUCGUUCUAGUAGGCUUCAGUGACAAGUUGCGCCUUAUGAACCUUCUUAUCGACGAUAUUCGAACCUUCAAGGAGUUCCCCAUUCGUGGGUGCAAGGAGUGCGCAUUCAGUAAUGGUGGGCAUCUUUUCGCAGCGGUGCAGGGCAAUAACAUUCAGCUCUACUCCUCCACAAGUUUUGUCCUCAUCAACACACUGAAAGCGCACAAUGGGAAGAUCCGUUGUUUGCUGUGGAGCACAGAUGACAACAAGCUCAUUUCCUGUGGUAUGGACGGUGCAGUCUACGAAGUGAACGAAAACGUGAUGAAGUCAUGCAGUUACAGCUGUGUCACAGCCACAGAGGAUGCCAAGACGAGCUACGCUGUUGGGUCGGACCGUAAAGUGAAGGAGAUAACAGAUUCUACCAUAACAUUAGAGGUGGAUUCUGAGGACAUGCUGCUCACAACGAUCGCGCUAUCACGCAGCGGUCGAAUACUUAUUUGUGGUGGACAGGAGGGCCACGUGCGCUCCUACCGUUUUCCCUUUUCGAACCACAACAUUUGGGAAGAUUACGUAGGCCACUGUGACUCAAUUGUGAAGAUGCGAAUCACUCUAAAUGACGAGUACCUCGUCACUGUUUCCAACGACAGCUCCAUCAUGGUGUGGGUGCUACAAGAACGGGACACUCGAAAUGUAAAAAUUGAGAGAGAUGUAUUGUGGGCUGAGGAGGUGCUCAUUACUCGCUCCGAUUUGGAGGAAAAGAAUAUGGGAAUGUUAGAGCUAAGGACACGCGUGGAUGAGCUGAAGAUGGAGAACGAGUAUCAGUUGCGUCUAAAGGAUAUGAACUACAGCGAGCGCAUCAAAGAGUUGACAGAAAAGUUUAUCAAGGAGAUGGAAGCCCUCCGUGUGAAGAACCAGACUCUGCAGCUAGAGAAGGAUCGCGAGGAGGCACGUCACAGUGAGGAGAAGCAAGAGAUAAUGGAGUUGCACAGCCGCGAGCUCAAGGAGCUCGAGAUUACCUCCAGUCAACAGAUGAGUCUGGAGGUAGAGAAGAAUGCCGAGUUACAGGAGAAGGCGCAGAAGAUGCAGGAGUCCUACGAGAGUCAAAUUGCGGAAAUGACCACGGCGAAGGAGAAGAUGUUGGAGGAAUUGACAACGUUCUUCGAGACCAAGUUGAAUGAGAAGACCCAGUUAAUGGAGGUCCUGAAGAAAGAAAAUAGGGAGCAAGUGACAGAGCAUGAGGUGACCAAGAGGUUGAUUGAGGAGGACGCCGACAAAGAGAUUUUGGACCUAAAGACGCAGUACGAGCGGCGGUUAAGGGAGGAGAGAGAGCUGAUUGCGCGUCUACGUGGAGAGUCGGGUAUCAUGAAGAAAAAGUUUGCCAGUCUUCAGAAGGAGAUCGAUGAGCACAUGGAGGAGUUGAAGAAGUCUCAUGGAGAGACUCAGAAGUUAAACAACGUGAUUCGUGGCCAAGAGCGCGAUAUUCAGGGCCUAAAGAAAGAGAUUCAGGAGAGAGACGAAACCAUUCAGGAUAAGGAGAAGAGGAUAUACGACUUAAAGAAGAAAAAUCAGGAGCUAGAGAAGUACAAGUUCGUGCUCUCCUACAAGAUAGCCGAGUUGAAACAGCAGAUAGAGCCUCGGGAGAAUGACAUUAGGAACUACAAGGAGCAAAUUCGGGAGAUGGAAAGUGAACUGGAACGUUUCAACCAACAGAAUGGAGCCUUGGAUCUUAGCAUCGAGGAGUUGAAAGAGAAGCUCAAAUCCACCGUAGGCGAGCUGAAGGCAGAGCGUCAGCUAAGACGCAAUAUCCAAGCUACCGUUCGGCGCUUCCGCAUCGAUCUCUACAACGUUGUUGGCAAGAUUCAGGAGCCCAAAGCUCUUAAGGAGAGCAUCGUUGAGCUCUAUAAGAAACACAUUCAAAAUGAUGUGGUCUCCGAGGUAACACUCAACGAAGAAAUGCAACGUGAAUUCGCACGUCAAAGGGACCACCUUGAACGCACCCUGGCUGGAGUUCGAAAGAAAUUAGCCAAAGACACCGUCAUCCACAAGAGUGAGUUCGUCAGAAUCAUGCACGAGAAUAUGUAUCUGAUUGAGGAAAUCAACAAGCUACGCGUGGAGUUGCGCAACUCGCGUCAUCGAGUUCGCGAUCUAGAGACAACGAUGGGCAUCAACCGGAAGCAGGGCAAUCGGGCGCGCGAGAUCCUAACGCAGGUCACGGGUCAUCGGCCGAACCCGGUGAUAGUAGCGGAGCUAGCUCAGGCUAACCGUACGCUACACGAGCAGUCUCACUUCAUGCAUCUCCUGCAAGAGCGUCUGCGCCUUGGAGCGCAGUACUGCGUGGACAACGCGAGCAACGCAACUGCUGGAACUCUCCCACCUCUAGCUCCACCUCACAUCGCUAAUGGUGGGGGGAGGGAGGGGAAGAAGAGGCCUGCUACAGAACCACAGUCAGCGGAAGAGGCAUCCUCGGUGCCUAAGGAGGCGACGCCGAGGGCCCAUUCAGUAACGUAG